UCAAAGAGCCGCUACGACGUGCACAGUUUGGGCAAGAACCCGACCGUGAAGGACGCUUUCCGCAACCGCUUUGAGUUUCUGGCAACACAGGAGCUGCACAUGCCGACCUCCAGUAUUGAUGACACAGUAGAUCGAUUCGAGGCGGCGGUGGCCGCAGCUGUAAAAGACACCGUGCCGUCCGUCCGGGCGACAGCGAGAAGGCCAUGGAUCAGCAAGGAAGCAGUCGACCAAGAGCUGCCCGCGUGCGAGGGGCCGAUCGCAGUGGAAGAAGUCCAGGCAGCAGUGCGCAAGCUGAAGGCCGGGAGAGACGCCCUCCAGGUGCCGGCCGAAGCCCUGAAGACAGUCAUGGAGCAU